GUCAUUACGUCUACCUUGUUUGUAAACUUCCUGGAGACGCAGCCGUGGCUAGUUUAUCAGAAAGCCUAAAUAACCACGCAAAGGCGUUAAAUCCGGGGUGUUUCCAAAGCAGUGACAGAGGCGUUAGCAUCAACUUUGAAUCAUGAUGGCGACCAGUUACAACGCCAAAGACGAGGACGGGCACAUCACCGUGUCCGGGCCCGGCGGCGGGACUCUGCGGAGCAGGAAGCCGGAGAACACGGCGUUCAAACAGCAGCGGCUCCCCGCCUGGCAGCCCAUCCUCACCGCGGGCACCGUGCUCCCUGCCUUCUUCAUCAUCGGACUCAUCUUCAUCCCCAUCGGCAUCGGCCUGUACGUGACGUCCAACAACAUCCGGGAGUUUGAGGUUGACUACACCGGCGUCGACGUGUCCAGUCCCUGCUUCAACUGCUCACAGAACUACAGCUGGAACAGCAGCAGGCCCUGUACCUGCACGAUACCCUUCUACCUGGAGCAGCCGUACGAAGGAAACGUCUACAUGUAUUACGGCCUCUCCAACUUCUACCAAAACCACCGGCGCUACGUGAAGUCCAGAGACGACAGUCAGCUGCACGGAGACAUGGACUCCCUUCUGACACCCAGUAAGGAGUGUGAGCCGUACGCUUUUCAUGACAAAAAACCCAUCGCUCCGUGUGGAGCCAUCGCCAACAGCAUGUUCAAUGACACAUUGGAGCUUUUUUACAACGACCCCAACGGCACCAAGGUCCUGGUUCCUCUGGCCAACACCGGCAUCGCCUGGUUUACCGACAAAUAUGUGAAGUUCAAGAACCCCGGAGGAGACGGCGCAAACCUGACGGCUGUUUUUCAAGGUACAUCGAAGCCGGUGAACUGGCUCAAACCUGUUUACGAGCUGGACAAAAACUCAUCCAACAACGGCUUCAUCAACGAAGACUUCAUCGUGUGGAUGAGGACGGCCGCCUUACCAACCUUCCGCAAACUCUACCGCACCAUCAAGGACGCCAAAGUGAUUCCAACUCUGCCCUCUGGAAACUACACCCUGGAGGUCGUCUACAAUUAUCCCGUCCGCAGCUUCGAGGGCAGGAAGCGGAUGAUCCUGAGCACCAUCUCCUGGAUGGGAGGGAAGAACCCCUUCCUGGGCAUCGCCUACGUCACCGUGGGCUCCGUCUGCUUCUUCCUCGGCGUCGUCCUGCUCGUCAUCCACCACAAGUGUGGCAACCGCAACAACAGCGCCGACAUUUCUAACUGAGACGGCACAGCUUUUCCUCUCCAGCUCACCGCCGCCGCAGCAGAUAGAGACACGCCCAGUCAGGGUCGACGUUAGCCGAGCGUACAUAUAUUUAAAUGUGUCAUAUCCUCAUUGAUUCUUCAGCACUCUGACACAUGUUUAAAAGCUGAAGGUGGCUGAUUAUUUUCCAAAAAUGAACCAAAAGAAGCCAUCAUUUUACAGCCUCAGGCGACAUCUUUUGACAGAUUAUCCUCUGUGGUUAGACGUCAGAUGGACCGACUUCCUUCACUACGUUAAAUAGAAGCUUAAAGGCUUUAUAUGUGAUUUUUCACACUUCAAUAGAAAUCAAGUAUCUCCUCUGAAAAUAACUCUGUGAGUCA